AUGCUACAGCACGACCAACCGGACAAGAAGCAAAGGUUUCAGCACACCGACCUCGCCAAAUCUAAUCUGACCAAACAGGAAAAGCAGCGCGAACGCGAGAGAAGAUGGCUCGCCAAUGAGAAGCGCAAUCCUGCCAGGAGAAAGAAGGAGGAAAAGGAGAAGGCCGACAAAACUGGCAAUGCAGACUCCGCCGAAGGACAAGGUCCUCCAAAGAAACAGCGUGUUUCUUCUCCGGAAACAAAUCCUGAGGCAGGACCAUCUAACUCAACUCCAGACCAUAUCCCUGUCGACACACUCCUCCUCAACCAAGAGGAAACACAUCCUGAGGCGGCACCACCUAACUCAACCCCAGACCAUAUCCAUAUUGACCCACUCCUCCUCAACCAGGAGAUUACUGCGCCUACUCCGACUCUCCAUCUAAUGUGCGAUGCUGAGGUGAUGACGGAUGCUCUGGAACCUCUCAUCAAUCCGCCGCUGCCGCCUGUCGAAACAAUCCCUGUACCUUCUUCGCCUACCUCCUCCACCCUUACCAAUCUCGACUCUCGCGACCUGGCGACUCCCAUUAUCAGCACUCAAGUCCACAAAAAAUCAGAUACCAUCGACUGGUCUGAUGGAUCCACGACCGUACUACCGUGCAUCAUGAGGGAUGGCGUCAAUAUAUGCAAAGGAGACGCAGAAACAGUGUCUUUCUUUGCUUCCCUCCUGGAAUCGCUUCCCGAGACCUCUAAAAAUGUCAUACACUUACAUUACAACAACUGGCGCACAAAGAGCCGUCAGUUGUGCGACCAGAUCUCUGCGGCAAUUCAGGUAAACAAAGCCGUCGUCAUUCAGAAAAUAAGCACACCUGAACCUGCAACGUUGGGUCUAGACUAUCUCGAAGAUCACGGGAUGUCAGACUUAAUGCACGUCGUCAUACAUGACACUGAACAAUGGACCAAGGAUUUUACGUAUCCUCACCAGCACGCAACUCUCGAAGAGUUCGUGAAAAACAUACAUGAUCCCAAUAAGAUCCAGUGUAUUCUUGACAUUGCAUACAGACAAGGUGGUCUCCCAUCAGCUCUAAGCACUCUCGACAGCGGUAUCGUCAAUGGUUGGAAUCAAACUACCGUUGACUGCCCCAUCGGUGAAAAGGUCCACCCGGAUAACUUCACCGUACACUUGCAAAAAAAAUGGGGCCUGUGGCGACCCAUUCAGGAGGACACGCUUACACGGACCAACCUCUACAAGAUAGCCCCCGAGCUAAUGGAUCUCUAUCAAAACUGCAAGGAAAUACAGGAGACUUGGCACAGAGAGAUCGUUACUCUCUUACCCGGUGACAUGCUUAUACAACCUCCCAGCCAAUUCCAUGCGGUUUACACACCAGUAACUUCAUUUGCCACCGGAGGGCAUUUCUACAACUACGAAACCAUGCAUCUAAUGGAAAUUUCUCGAUACAUAGACCAUAAGCAAGGAAGGACCCUCACGAACCAAGUCCACGAACAUUCUCUGGAAACUUUUCAGCGAAUGGUCAUUAACUUACCGCGCAUAUCGCGUCAUAUUAAUUGCAACAAAUAUGUUGCCACCGGCACAGAAAAGCCGAAGUUCAAGACAAACACCACAAAGCCGGCGCAUGAUAUCGCCAAUGCGAUCAUAAAGCACUUCUGGAAGGACCUCAAGAAUGCAACUAGCAUGUAUCACAAGAAGCAGAUAGAUGACAGUAAUAGCCAGACACAUCCGGGUGAACCCAUUAGUAGAGAUGAACUGCUGACUUGCUUGAAGCGCUUCACUGCGCUGUAG